AUGGCGCAGAGGUAUCCUCGUACCUUCGGAUACGUGCUGAAAUGGAACGACACGGCUCAGAACUCAACGGCGGACGAAGGUUGCAGGAAGCCGCAGAUUCUCCAGGCCGGAGAAGGAGUUGUCAUUGACCAAGAACAGACUCAGAAGUACUUGGUGAUUCGCGAUGAGAUUGGAAAGUCCUACCACAACCAUGCAACACUCCAGACGACCGAAUUUGUGGAGUUCUUCAAGACUGACGAGAUGGAUGAGGCGGACGACGAAAAGAUCACCGAAGUCGAAGUACUUCGCUGA